AUGGUUCUGCUAUGGGCGUCUCGAUGUCUCCCGGGAUUCAGCAUAAUUGCCCUCAUGCUACUUCUUGUAGCUGCGUUUCCCGCCACUAUACAAUUACCUUGGUGGACAAGUGACCUGGCAGUACAGCAGCCUGCUCCGAGCUCCCAUGAAGGCAAACAUGAGCGCAUGAGAUUUGCUCAGAAGAUUUUUGUUGUUUACUUGAUUCUUGUUCAUUUCAAUGUUCUUGCAUUCACAGUGCGCCUUUCUUUUUCCCUACUUAGUUUCUGGCGUCAUGCUAGGAUAAGCUUGAAACACGCCCGUGUCCAGGGCCAUAGCAAGAAGCAAGACACAGAAUACAUGGCGGAUUCUACGUAUGCAAGUAGCGUAUCGUCUACCUCGUUCGAAGAUAACUUUUCUACACCGUCAUCACCACAACCAAGACUCAAUCACGCCGAUAUUGAUAUCUACUCGCUCGAAGAUCAACAUUUCACUGCUGCUACCGAGAACGACGAGCUCAUUCAUGCCAUCAUUGUGCCCAAUUAUUGUGAGGAUUUGCACACCUUGUUUACCACACUGAGCGUUUUGGCGAGCCACCCAGACGCUCGUUCUAAGUACGAGAUCUUCCUUGCCAUGGAAGAGAAGGAAAAAGAGGCUCCUGAGAAGGCAGAGAAGCUCAUGGCCAGUUUCGCCAAGUCAUUCUAUGCUAUUCACGCCACGUUUCACCCUGUAGGUUUGCCGGGAGAAAUCGCGGGUAAAAGCUCCAACGUCGCAUAUGCCGCACGAGAAAUAACAAACUUGCAUCGUCACGAGUUGGCGGAGGACAAUUGCAAAGUGAUCAUAACAGUCAUGGAUGCCGACACACAUCUAGUACAGGAGUAUUUCCUCGAAAUCCGAAGUCUGCACUACGCCCACCUUGACACCUCAGAACGUCACUUGUACUGCUGUCCAAUUCUCUUCGAUCGCAAUUCCUCCGAAACUCCGGUCCUUGUUCGUUGCGCCGAUAUAAUGUGGGCGUUUGCAGGCAUAUCGACAAUGUACCCAGGCUCGCCGGUAUCGAUUCCUACUUCGGUCUACUCCCUGCCCAUCCAACUUGCCAAUAAAGUAGGUGGUUGGGAUAGCGACCCGACCGCUAUCGGCGAGGACAUGCAUAUGAUGUUGAAAUGUUAUUUUGAAACAGGUGGCUCGGUCAUCACGCUCACGGUGCAUGUCCCUGCAUCGCAGUGCAAUGUCUCAAGCGGUUACCCCGUGGACGGCUGGCGACGCUCAUUAGAUAUCUGCAGGAAUCGCUACAAGCAAGCGCUCCGCCAUAUGUGGGGGGCUCUUGAUACAGGCUAUGCCGUGCGCCACAGUGUGCCGGUCUCUAUCAGCUCCAAGAGAACGACAUUUUGGCCAUUUCCGCGAGUCCUUCACUUGGCACUUGCUCACUUGCUAUGGGAGGCUCAUUUCUUACCAUGCCAUCUAGCAGUAAUGCUCAUCUUCUCCGUUGUGUACACCACUUUCGUCCCUCUAGAUACCUUGCAUCCAACCCUAGCUUGGGCUUUUUCUGUCGCCAAUCUGAUCCGCACACUAUCCUUCAUCGGUAUGAAUAUAAACCUCACCAUCUAUGACCAGUGGCACCAGAUUUGGCUCUACACUCGCCGACAUGAAAUGGCGGAAGCCAACCUGAAGGACUGCGGCUUCUCAUCCCGCACCUGGUGGCACGUCGCCCAGUUGAAGGAACGCAUCUGUUUCCCUGUCUCCGGUAUGAUCUAUGGUGCCGUAGCCAUGAGUCACGCUGUCUUUUCACACUUUUGGACUGAUCGUCUGGUUUACCGUGUUAGCGAGAAGCCAACUUUUGCCAGCAAGGAUCAGAUCUCUUUGGCUUGA